UCUGCUUUGAAACGAUGCAGAACGCAUCAGUUGCCGCCGGCGCGCGUGGGUUGCUAAACGUUUUGUCAGUGGUGUUCUUCGGUGUGCUUUGUAUCAACGAAGGAUACAGUUGGAAUUUUCACAGAUAUGAUUAUCCUGGAUAUAAGUCAACUGGAAAGGAAGAUAGAAUCAAAAAUUUUCCUAAUGAAUAUGACUUCAUCAUUGUGGGAGCUGGAAAUGCGGGAGCAGUAUUGGCCAGUCGCCUAUCGGAGAUUUCACAAUGGAAGAUUCUAUUGGUAGAGGCUGGGGGAAAAGAUAACUUACUAUCCGAUAUACCAUUGUUUGCGGCAUAUCUACAGUCAACGGCUCUCAAUUGGAACUUUUUCUCGGAAAAGCAAGAAGGCACUUGCUUAGGAAUGAAAAAUGAGCGAUGUCCUGCACCAAAAGGAAAAGGACUAGGUGGAAGCACAAUUAUAAAUUAUAUGAUUUACAAUCGAGGAAAUCGAGCAGAUUUCGAUAAUUGGGCUCGUGCAGGAAAUGAAGGGUGGUCGUACAAGGAUGUAUUACCAUACUUUAUGAAAUCCGAGAAGGUUACCUUUCCAGACACCAAUAAAACACCGAAACACGGAUCCGGCGGACCAGUGAAUGUAGAAUAUGUGCCACACCGAUCACCACUAGUGCAUGCCUUCGUCAAAGCCAAUGAACAGCUUGGUCGGAAAGUAGUGGAUUACAAUGGUGAUUCUCAGCUUGGAGUUGGCUAUCUUCAAGCCACAACUAAACAUGGAAAAAGAGUUACAUCGUCAUCUGCAUAUCUCAAUACAUAUUUUAAGAAGAAUUUGCAUAUACUUACGAAUGCACGUGCCACGAAAGUAUUGAUUCAUUCAAAGUCGAGGAUAGCAAAUGGUAUUGAAAUAAUAUGGAAAAAACAAAAAUACAAAAUUUAUGCAAAGAAAGAAGUGAUACUCUCAGCAGGAUCAUUUCAAUCACCCCAACUUCUGAUGUUAUCCGGUAUUGGGCCACGAGAGCACCUGGAAGAACAUAAUAUUCCAGUUAUAGUCGACUCUCCAGUCGGUAAAACUAUGUACGAUCAUCUAUGCCUUACAGCGUUGUCCUUUCUUACCAACACUAGUAUGGCUGCAUACGACACUGAACGUUUAGGAGUUCCGGAUGUACUCAAAUAUAAACACGGAAUCGGAACACUCACCGUUCCGGGAGCUUUGGAAGCGUUGGCGUUUGUGAGAACUGAUAAUUCAACAGAACCCCAGGGGGUACCAAAUAUAGAAUUAUUGUUUCUUGGUGGCACACCAGCGUCCGACUACGGAACUGGAACCGUUCGUGGAUUUUCCUGGAAGCCAGAAGUUUAUGACACAGUAUUCAAAUCAACGGAGGGACAAGAUCAAUUUAUGAUUGCGAUUAUGUUGUUUCAUCCGAAAUCCAGCGGAUACAUUAAACUCAAAGAUAACAAUCCACUGCAUUGGCCGCUCAUAUAUCAUAACUUCUUAACCGAACCAGAAGAUUUGGAUAGAAUGGUUCGGGGUAUAAAAGAAGCGUUACGCUUGAUAGAAACACCAGUCAUGAAAUCAAUAGGAGCCCGUAUUAUUGAUACCCCAGUGCCAUCAUGCACAAGAUUUACAUUCGGAGAUGACGAUUACUGGAAAUGCUUGGUGAGAUCUCUUGCUAGUACAUUGCAUCACCAGGUGGGUACCUGCCGAAUGGGACCGGAUGAUGACCCACAAGCUGUAGUUUCACCACAGCUUCUAGUGCACGGUGUUGAAAAAUUAAGGGUAGUAGAUGCCAGUGUCAUGCCAUACGUCAUAACUGGUCACACACAAGCAGCUGUUUAUAUGAUUGCGGAAAAAGCCUCCGACAUGAUUAAACACCAUUGGGAUUGGGGAGAAGAGCUUUAACACAACAUCAAUCACUAGUACAUAUAAUAG